GAAGGCGUAGUAACCAACAACACACGUGUGUUCCAGAGGCUUCAACCGCAGCGAAUCCCCCCACCUGAAGAAAAACGAGACGAGAUUCUCUCGCUCUCUUCCGGCGAGAUUUUCGUCUUUCCCCCCUCUCCUCUCCGCUCCUCGUCUCGUCUCUCCGCUUCCCCUCCUCUCUCGAUUCCCCACCAUGGCCGGAGCCGCCGCGACGCCGCCGGCGAUGAUGCGCGCCGUGCAGUACGACGCCAGCGGCGGGGGAGCCGCCGGGCUCAAGCAUGUUGAAGUCCCGGUCCCUUCGGCAAAGAAGAACGAGGUGCUGUUGAAGCUGGAGGCAGCGACCAUCAAUCCAGUUGACUGGAAGAUUCAGAAAGGGAUGCUGCGUCCUCUGCUGCCUCGUAGACUGCCUUUUAUCCCAGUGACCGAUGUUGCAGGAGUGGUUGCUGGUGUUGGUCCCGGAGUGAAUGAUUUCGCAGUAGGUGAUCAAGUUGUCGCUAUGUUGAACAGUAUGAACGGAGGUGGAUUGGCAGAGUACGCCGUGGCGGCAGCGAACCUGACCGUCAAGAGGACACCCAACGUCUCAGCGGCCGAGGGCGCCGGGCUGCCCAUCGCGGCGGGCACGGCGCUGCAGGCGCUGAGGUCCAUCGGCGCCAAGUUCGACGGCACCGGCGAGCCGCUGAACGUGCUGGUCACCGCCGCCUCGGGCGGCGUGGGCCUCUACGCCGUGCAGCUGGCCAAGCUGGCGAACCUCCACGUGACGGCCACCUGCGGCGCCCGCAACGCGGAGCUCGUGAGGGGCCUGGGCGCCGACGAGGUGCUGGACUACCGGACGCCCGAGGGCGCCGCCAUGCGCAGCCCCUCGGGGAGGAGGUACGACGGCGUCGUGCACUGCACCGUCGGCGUCGGGUGGCCGGCGUUCGAGCCGCUGAUGGCGCCCCGCGGGAAGGUGAUCGACAUCACGCCCAACUUCUCAGCCAUGCUCACCUCGGCGCUGCACGCGGUGACGCUGCGGCGGAAGCGGCUGGUGCCGCUGCUGCUGUCGCCGAACAAGGCCGACCUGGAGUUCUUGGUCGGGCUGGUGGGGGAAGGGAAGCUCAGGACGGUGGUGGACUCGAGGUUCCCGCUGGGCGACGCGGCGAAGGCGUGGCAGAAGAGCAUCGACGGCCACGCCACCGGCAAGAUAGUCGUUGAGAUGGAAGGGUGAUAGUAUCAUGUUGGCAUGUUCGGUUGUUCUUGUUUGUUCGUGGGUGGAAACUUACAUUGGUUGGAACAUAACAAUACAGAAUAGGGAAUACUAGUCAGUUUGGCAUCUGUUUAGUUUGAUGAUAUGACUUGGUGAUGAUAUAUACUCGAGAUUUGUUUCUCUCUUCUGCGUUUUGAAGAAUUUAGGAGCUGUAAAUCUGAGGGCAUUAUAUAUCGAGAUUACUUCUGCUUCUGUUGA